CCUCCAGUUGGCCCCGAAACUCCGUGACGGUAGGGCGAGGUGUUCCGUGGCUCUCUCUGGCUCGGUUCUCUUCCCUCCCUCCUGGUCUGGUUGGCACCCGGCUGGCACUGGUCAUCAAGGCGCCUGACCCUCAGUGCCGCGGCCCCCAUUGCCUCUUCCAGCACGCAAGAGGAAGGGGAGGAGGAUUGCGCUGUUCUCGUGCUUUUAAAGGGAUUUCUGUUGCAUUUUUCAUGGUUACCGAGGGAGCGUGAGAGGACCGGUCUUAUCUGCGGCAGGAAGGCAGAGUCCUGAGGAGCGUGGGAGCGCCAGGUGUUGUGAGGCAAGGGACUCUGCCGCCCUUGUAACUUUGGCCGCAACUCUCCGCCGGGGUGGCAGGCGACUCAGCCCGCUAAUUCCCCUUACUCUCUCCCUCGUCUUACCAUCAUUUUCUUAAGUAUUUAUCUUUAUUAACUCUCGAAAAUAUUGAUCAUUUGUGGUUUCCUGGAGUUUAGUAAUUCCUCCCCAAAAACAACCAGAGAGAGAUUUUGGAAUUUUUGUCUCUCUCUUUGGGUUCCAUCGACUGAAACAAGUCCGGAGAUUUGUACAGGACUGCUGAUUGGAAAGUUACGAUUAGUUCCGACCUUGCCAGUGGCCGCGUCCCGCACAGACCAAUCACUCCUGCUGCCGUGGCCGCGAGUGUUGCCAUGCACGAGUGACGGGUCGUCCCUAGUGUGAUUGCAUGCCAGUUGUCGCCUUGGUGUUGGCGCCCUGUGGCUGGCGACGAUGCUCGCGUUCCCUCGCUUCGGAGUGAUGUGGCAGCCGAUAGUGUGGACUCUGCUGGUGGUGUGUUGCGUCGUGGCUGAAGACCUUGGCGACUACCUCAUCGGUGCAGAGGCAGGAACAGAAGGAAAAGUGCAGCGGGAGAAGAUGACUGGCCUGGCGGGGGAGAGCGUGAGUCUGUACUGCUUGGUGGACCAGGAGAAAUGCGGCGAACUGCACAGCAUGAAGUGGAGCAAAGGAUCGAUAAGACAGUUCAUCUACUCUUGGAGGCUUAACGAGUCCAAUGCAGAGGCGUCACUUUUAGGCAGGACGAACUUCUACUACUCCAAUGAAACGACGAACAGCACCCUGGAGAUCUUCCCGAUACGCAUUGAGGAUGAGGGGGAGUUCAGCUGUAUCGCCACCUACUUCGAUGCCGAUGAGCGGUGUUCCAUUGUGCACUACGUCGACCUCACUAUUCAUGCAAUACCGAGCUACCCGCAGCUGUCCUUCGAAGAUGGCUCAAGAGUGGAGAACGCGACCACGGUGGGGCCUUUUGACGAGGGAGAGGUGCUCACCCUUACCUGUGAGUCCUCAGGAGGCAAGCCAGUCGCGCAAGUCACCUGGUACAACGGAACACAGCCCAUUACAGGUGAGUACUCCGCUAUCAUGGACGAGGACAAGACAGGAACAGGCAGAAACGUCCUUCGCAUUUCCCUGUCGCGGGCUGACCUGGGCACCACUCUGAACUGCGAGGCUGUCAACGAGGCCAUAGAUUCCCCCCACAGCGCCUUCGUCACCGUGGAUGUCAAUGUGCCGCCCUUGUCAGUCAUCGCGUCGGGAGCUGAGUCGCCGCUACAUGAAGGCGAUGACGUGACCCUGGAGUGCGUGGCGAGAGGAGCCAGACCUGCAGCAGUUAUCACGUGGCUUAACGGAACAGUGCCAGUGACGGAUGCUGUGACGGAGGUUAAUGUGGAAACUGAUAACACGUACGAGUCCAGGAGUCGUCUGCAGUUCGAGGCCACGCGCUUCGAGAACGAGAGGACCUUCACUUGCGAGGUUACCAACGUGGUGCUCGAGAACAGAAACCAGAAACCAGUGAGAAGAGAAGUCACCCUCGAUGUGCGGUACGUGCCCAUCGUGAGAGUGUAUCCAGAGAGCAACAUCACAGUCAAUGAGUCAAUGGAUGUGCUCAUAUUUUGCAAGUACAGCGCCAAUCCCUCGAAGCUGACCCACGUGCAUUGGUACCAGGAUCUACGGCAGGUGGACGUCGCCGGGCAACCAGAUAAGUACGGGAAUGGCAACGUAGAUCACCCGUCACUGCUAAUCAGGAACAGCUCCUCAUUAGACAUGGGAGAGUACACCUGCAGAGUCUCUAACGAAGUGGGAGCCUCGCGUGUCGUCAAUUCAGUUUUUGUCAGCGUCAAUUUCCGGCCUCAGGUGCAGGUGGUGAUGGACCGUACGGAGCCAGUGUCUGAGGAGGACCGGGUCAACGUCACCCUGAUCUGUGAGGCGGUGAAGGCCAAUCCGGUGGAGCUGGUGAGGGUCCGCUGGUAUCUACAAGGCGAGCUGCUCAAGGAGUUGCCAGAGUGUGAUGGGAACGCUUCACUCUAUGGCUCAAACUCGGAGCUGUGUGACAUCGACCCCGCCAGGAUGCUGCUCGAGAACGUCUUCAAGGACUUCCAUGGCAACUACUCGUGCGAAGGAAUGAACGAGGCAGGCUGGGGUCCGCGCUCCGCCGACGCCGAGCUGGUAGUGCAUUACGCCCCUGGGCCAGCAUUCAUCAACAAACCUUCCUACGUGAAGAAGGGUACGUCUCUGGAGCUGACUUGCAGCGUGGAGGACGCUGGAAAUCCCGCCGCCAAUCAGUUCCGUUGGUUCCGUGGCAGUCACCUGGUGCCCGACGUAACCACCGCCACUUGGACCAUCAACCCCGUCUCCCUGGAAACGGAGGACAACUUCACCUGUGUCCCCUUCAACGUGGAGGGGGAGGGAGAUCGUGCUUCCGUCUUCAUUGAUGUGCAAGCCGCUCCAGUGUUCAUCGACCGCCUUCCCCCUUACUACGGCGCCCUCAUGAGUGCCAAGAGGGUCUCGCUGUCCUGUCGGGUGGAGUGCUCGCCGCUUUGCUCCAUCGAGUGGCUUAAGAACGACAUGCCGCUGCUCAAUGACACCCAUUACUCCAUCUCCACUCGCCGCCUGCCACCUGACUCCUCUUCUGGUGAUCUGGAAAGCGUCAGUUCGGAGCUCACUUGGCAGAUGGACAGGUGGCCGGGCGGGAUGCUGGACCGGGACCUGGACAAUGCUAACUACACCUGUAAUUCCUCCGAAAACGAUGCGGGUCCUGGCGUCAUCUCCCACACUUUCUUCAAAGUGGAGUACCCGCCGGAGCAGAUCGUGGUAUCGGAGACGUACAUACAGGUCGGGGAGGGCGAGAUACCCCCGAAGGUGAUCUGCAAUGCCUCUAGCUACCCAGAACCCACCUACGUCUGGCAGCACGCGGGUCAGACUGUGUCCCCGGGCGCUGUGCUCCAUAUGGACUUCCCCAUCAAGAGAAGUCGAGCAGGCGAAUACCAGUGCAUCGCUGAGAAUAGACACGGCGAGAUGAAGGCCGCUACCAACUUCGAUGUGCUGUUCAAACCGGAGUGCAAGAUUGACCGGGAAGAUGGCGGCAGUGGAGAGGACGCGCAUAUUCUACUUAUUUGCCGAGCUGCUGCCAACCCGGAGGAGGUGGCGUUCAGAUGGCGACUUCUGAACGAGACUCUGACGCAGGACAUCACAUCAGAGGGCCUGGAGUCACGCUUGCGUCUCCCGGCCACCUCGGAAUCCCUCGGCACCUACUACUGCUACGUCAACAACACGCUGGGGGAGUCCAUUCCUUGCGAGAUCGAUGUGACAGGUGUCGCUGGCAUCAUAGAGAAACUGGCCGAUGACAACGUGAUCGUCAUCUCCGCCAUUGUCGCUGCCGUCAUCGUCCUCGUUAUCAUCAUCUGCGUGGUCAUCAUCGUCAUCUGCAGGCGACAGAGGCACGCUGGAAAAUACAACGGUACCAACAACUUGCAGGCGAGAGAGAACCCCGAAGGGACCUCGCCCCGCCCCGACCCCUUCUCCCCCGCCACUGUCCAACCUGUGCACAAGUGGCCGCUUCGCCCCGGUGUCCACGUGCACGUCAACUCACUCACUAGCCUGACUGACGACUGCAAACCCCUUCACAACAAUAACACAGUGACCACCCUUUCCCCACCCUCCACCCAAGCCCCACCACCCCCACACCAUUCCCUCCCACACCAUCACCUCAACCACCACGCCAACCACCUGGCCAACCCUUACCACCAGCAGCAACUACAGAAACAUCAGUACUCAAACAACCACAGUAAUCAUAAAGGAAACUCACACCACCUCAAACACUCCCACGCCCUCCAGCCACACCAGCAGUACCCAACCCUCGAGAACAAGAGAUCCGGGUCAUCCAGUCAUCGGAAAUUUAAAACAAACUCACAGACUCUCCCCCGUCAAACAUCAACAGACAUUCCAAAGAGAGAGGAACGGAGCCCCUCUUCCCUCUCACACUCCCCAGCCUCCAACCCCAGCCCUCACCCCCACCCCCAACCUAACAGCCCAGCAACUAACACUAACAACAGCAAAAACAAAGCUAAAAACUGUGACCUUGACGCAAACUAUCACACUGGGAACUCAGUCGUGGUACAGACCAAGCCAGACAGCAACGAGACCUCGGCGACGGGACGCAAACGAAAAAAACCGGGUCAAGAUCCUGAAGGCAGUAAACCGCCCUCCACUGGCCACAAGGAUAAUGGGGUUCCAUCAUCACCCGACGAUGACACAAACAAACAGACUUUCUACGAGAACCUACCUUUCCACGGAAUGCAGCCUCCCCCUAACAAGGACGCCCCGGAAAACAUCGCGAGCACCUCCAUGGGCAGUCGACCGCCCAGCCAGUUGAGUCAGCAGGCUUCCUCCGGGUACGGAUCAACCCGCAGCAGAAAAGAUGAAGUCACGCUUAUAAAGCCGAGCUCAGAGGAGAGCUCAAAAGUGGCUGGAGGACGGGGUUCUAGCCCCAAAGUGGACGCCACAAGCACCGGUGUCCGUCGACAAAACUCUGAGUCUUAUGGUUCCAUGAGGAGUACGUCAGGCAGGCAGGCUAAGGGCCCACUGGCCCGGACAGCAGCCUAUCUUUCAAUGCGGCUGCCUGGAGGCAAGAAGCGAGCCAGGGCGAAGGCAAGUGAGGACAGCCAUCAAAUGAUAGAAACGCAACCGUCCGUCAAAGCAGUGCCCAAUCAGAGCCAGGGCAAAGAUCAAGCCAGAGGCCCAAGCGAGCCGCCUCAGACCACACAGUUCACCUCUGAGACCAGACACGUGGUCACUUCGCGGCCAGAUCUCAACACGGUCACCGUGGAGACAAGCCAGAACUCGAGACUCACGGUCACCGCGCCUCAGGCCGAUCCAGAAGCCAAUAACAACAACAUCUUCUAUGGCGGCGCCCCUCGCUCUGGCGCGCCCUCCGGCGGACACGGCAACGAGCGAUUCCAAGACCCUCGGACCUAUGACCCCGCGGGUGCCGGCCUGCCUGUCCCGGCGCCGCGGAACGGGACAAACGGUCGUGGGCACACCUAUCAAAACCUCCCAACUUCUGUGCCCGCGGCAGAUGGCAGCGCCAGUGUUCAGCGGGCAGCCCCGCCACCCUUUCCCCAGCCUGUAGCGUGUGAGAACCGAAAGACAGGCAGCUACGGAUCGGCUCAGAAUCCUACGCCUAGUUCAUCCUCCUCUUCCUCUUCCCCAUCCUCCAGUUACUACCCGGCCCAGUAUCCUUCCCAAUACCCACCGCAGUACCAAAGAAAUCCUUCCCUGUAUAAGCAGUAUCCUUCAUCCACAUCCCUGAAGGAGACACAGCCAUCAGUCCCUUAUACCAAAUCAUCCAACUCACGCCAGUCAUUCUCAUCCUCCACGUUCCCGCACAGAAUGGAGAACCAGUCACAUCCUGCCACGUCAUACCCCAACACCAACCAUUCACACACCGCCACGUCAUAUCCCAAUAGCCAAUCACACGCAUACCCGCAGCCCGCCAACACCCAGGCACAUCCACCCAAAUAUCCACCUGGUGUAGUAUAUGCAGAUCUCGCCUUAUCUCGUAAUGGUCAACCGAACCACUACAGAAGAGAUCUCAAUACUGAAUACGCCAUCCUACAGUUUAAGGGGCCGGUUGUUGGACAAGAAAUCGACGUCUGAAAGCCCUUCAAAACCAGCCUGGACGGGGGUGACAUGGAGUAUGCUGACGUAGACUACGCCACCUACAACUAUGGACCCAUUCCCUACAAGGCUGCCUCCGUCUCCAACGCCGAGGAGAAGAAGGCCGAGCAGGAGGCUGAA